UAGCCAUGGCUGAGAAAACGGAACUGCAAAAGAAAUUGAUGCAAAUCGGCAUUGAUGGAAUGCUAUCUGCAGCCAUUGCCCUCGGCAACCGUCUCAACCUAUUUGCGGCUCUUGCAAAAGUGGGAAGCGAGAAAGAACCCGCGACUGCUGCCCAAGUAGCCGAGGUGGCUGGUUGCAAGGAAAGAUAUGUCAGAGAAUGGCUUGCAACGAUGGCAACUGCUGAUAUCAUAUCUGUCACUGAAGAUGAGAAAUACUUCAUCAAAGAAAAAGAUGUUGAGGACUUACUGCUGAGUUCGAAUGUAAAGAUACAUUCUUUUCUCCCCAUAUUCUUAAGACCUUUCGAUAAGCUGUGCAAAGUGUACAAAAAGAAUGGUCCAUAUGGACUGGAACAUGACGAUUUCACUAUGGAAUUCUACGACAUCAUUGCUAACUUCAGUGAAGCAUUACAUAGCAGACAUCUCAUACCAGAUCUUCUUCCAGCAAUUUCGUCAGAUCUCAAGGAGCGGUUGGAAAAAGGUGAUAUGAUGUGUUUGGAUGUGGGAUGUGGCAGAGGAUUCCAUGCGGCCUUUCUUGCUGAUAACUUCCCGAAAUCGAACUUCACGGGAAUCGAUGUUACGCUUGAGGCUGUUCAUAUGGCUAAUCAGAAAAGGAAAGACAAUGGUCAAACUUACGAAAAUCUCUCAUUUGUGCAAAUGGACGGCGCGAAAAUGGAUGACGAUUGGUCGGACAAGUUCGAUUUGGUCACUAUUUUUGAUGCUUGCCACGACCAGAUGAGACCAGAUUUGUGUCUCAAGGAGAUUCAUAGAGUGCUGAAACCAGGAGGGUUAUUUGGAAUGGUAGAGGUGGAUGGAACCUCCAAUGUUCUCAAGGAUAAGCAAGAGAUGGGCGAUUUAGCUGCGGCACAGUAUGCGUACUCUGUAUUUCAUUGUUUACCUACCGCAAGCAAUUCUGAAGAUGCUCUGGGACUUGGCACCAUGUGGGGCAAGGAGAAAGCUGUCAAAAUGCUCAAAGAAGCAGGAUUCAACGACGUCAAAGUUAUUCCCACGCCUUAUUUUGACACAAACGUUCUGACAAUGGCUGAGAAAACUGAUUUCCAAAAGAAGAUCUUGCAAAUUGGUAUCGAUGGGAUGAUAUCUGCAAGCAUAGCGCUCGGCAUUCGUCUUCAUUUGUUUGAAGCUCUGGCAAAAGUAGGAAGUGAAGAUGAGCCUGCGACGGCUGAAAAAGUUGCGGAAGAGAGUGAUUGUAAGGAAAGAUAUGUUAGGGAAUGGCUUGCAGUGAUGGGAACUGCUGAUAUCAUAACAGUCACGGAAGACGAGAAGUUUUUCAUAAGGAAGGAAAACAUUGAGGAUCUCACAACUAGUACGGACGUUCAUCUGCAUUCUCUGCUUCCAAACUCACUGAGACCGUACGAUAAACUAUGUAAAGUUUUUAAGAAAGACGGACCAUAUGGUCUUGACUACUCAGACUUUACCCCAGAAUUUUACGAAGUUAUGGCGAAUCUCAGUGAAGCAAUGCAUAGAAAACAUCUCAUCAGCGACUUUUUGCCAGCACUUGGAUCUGACAUUAAGGAACGAUUGGAGGAAGGUGGAAUGAUGUGCUUGGAUGUUGGUUGUGGCAAGGGAUUCCAUUCGGCCCUUCUAGCUGAAAACUUCCCGAAAUCAAACUUUACCGGGAUAGAUUGCACACUAGACGCUGUUCAUAUGGCAAACCAGAAGAGGAAAGAUAAUGGUGAAACAUUCGAUAAUUUGGCGUUUUUGCAAAUGGACGGUGGAAAAUUGAGUGCCGACUGGACAGACAAAUUCGAUUUGGUCAUCAUUUUUGACGCUUGUCACGAUCAAAAGAGGCCGGAUCUGUGUCUCAAGGAGAUAUAUCGUGUCCUCAAAUCUGGAGGAGUGUUUGGAAUGGUAGAAGUGGAUGGAACAUCAAACAUUUACAAAGAUAAGCAAGAGAUGGGGUACGAUGCAGCUUUACAGUACGCGGAUUCAAUAUUCCAUUGUUUGCCAGCUGGCAGUAAUUCAGAAGAUGCACUAUGCCUUGGCGCAAUGUGGGGAAAGGAGCGUGCUGUGAAAAUGCUCAAAGAAGCAGGAUUCAACGAUGUUAGCGUAAUUCCCACUCCCUAUUUUGAAACGAACGUUCUAUACGUGUGUAAAAAGGACUAA